AUGGAGGAAUGGCAACGAACACUGCGGCAUGGAGAUAAUGUGGAUGUUGACAAGAUGCCUGAAUCAACAGCAACGACUGCGCAGCUGGUCGAUGCAUCGGUCGCACAGCCCAUAGCAUCUGUUCUUGAGCCAGUGACACCAGUGCGCCAAGGCGGGUUCGGUCCGGUGUGCGGCACGUCUCGUGGAUCUGCUCGCCGUCGUUUGGGUUACCACUGUGAGAGGGAUAAGGCGGAAUUGCCAUCGGAUCAAGUGGAUGAUGUGGCAGACGCAGUGAACAAAGAUGCGGAGGAGUGGAGCGACGAUAGUGAUGAGUGGUGGCUAGCAGGCCACUAUGACGGGGAGGAAGUGGAGUACCCGCUCUCACCCUCUGUCCUUCCCCCUCUGUGCCCCUCCCCCUCUUAUCCUCCCCCUCCGUCAAUCCCCUUCUGUCUCCCCCCCUCUGCCCUUCACCAUCUGUCACUCCACCUGUGUCCUUCCCCCUCUGUCUCUCCCCCUUUGCCCUUCCCCCUAUGUCUCUCCCCCCCUGUCCCCCCCCCUGUACCUCCCCCCUCUGUCUCUCCCCAUCUGUCCUCCACCCUCUCCCCCUUGAACUUCCACUUCUGUCCUUCCCCUUCUUUCCUCCCCUCUGUCCCUCCCCCUCUGUCCCUCCCCCUCGUUCCCUCCCCUCUGUCCCUCCCCCUCUGUCCCUGCCCCUCUGUCCCUCCCCCACUAUCCCUCCCCUCUCGUCCCUGCACUUUCGUCCCUACCCCUCCUUCACUCCCCCUCUUUCCCUUCCUCUAUGUCCCUCCCACUUAG